CAAAACAAAAGAGUUUGACUGUUUGUCUUGUUUAGGAUCUCUCAAUCUCUGGAAUAGAUCUAGACUAAGACUGACUAGACUAGAUCUAGAAAAAAUUCUAGAAUUUAGAAUGCUAGAUCUAGAUUUAUAGUCGCUACCUUACAGUCUACUAAAGAAUCUAAAUUUCUGAUUAUAGAUUCUAUACAAAUUACAACUAGACCUAGAAUUCGGUUUUAACACCACAAACUAAUUUUGAUUAAAUUUGGCUCAUUGACAUCAUCAUGAAUCCUCUGACCAAUAUAAAAAAUCUUCAAAAGAUUAAUGAGCGAGAGCUUGAGUUGGGGAUCAUUGGGAAAAAAUCUUGGCAUGAUGAAUACAAGGACAGUGCCUGGAUAUUUAUUGGUGGACUUCCUUAUGACUUAUCUGAAGGAGAUAUUAUCUGUGUCUUUUCACAAUAUGGAGAAAUAGUCAAUUUAAACUUGGUUCGAGACCACAAGACUGGCAAAUCAAAAGGAUUUGCAUUUAUUUGUUUUGAAGACCAGAGGAGUACAGUACUUUCAGUUGAUAAUCUCAAUGGAAUAAAAAUUUUAGGCAGAACUAUCCGAGUUGAUCACGUUAAAGAGUACAAAGUGCCAAAGGAACAUGGUGAUGAGGAUGAACUUAUUAAAAAAAUCAGAGAAGAGGGUUGCGCUCCAAAGAUUCAAUCAUCUGAAGAAGAAGAAAGUGACGGGGAAAUUCAAGACAAGGCUGAGAGCACUAAAGUAACAAAAGUAAAAAAAAGCAAAAGAAAAAAGAAAGAGAAGAAGAAAAAAAAAGAGAGGAGCAGCUCUGAAUCUUCCUCCAGCAGUGAGACAGACAGCAAGAAACCACUACAAAACAUCAAGAGCAAAGCUGUUGUGAACAGUAAACAACAUGUGAACGGCUCUAGUUUCAAAGUCAAGAAAGAAGAGUCAUCUGACUCAAGCAGUGAGAGUGAACAGACAUCAAGGAAAUCUGGAGAUGGAGACUUCAGAAGAAGAGAGAAAGCUGGGCCUAGAAAUAACCACAGAGAGAAGAACAGAACUCAGGAACGAGUGAGAGAAAGAAGUAGAGAUAGAGAGUCAGCUACCAGCAGCCAGAGAGAGAGAAGUUUGGAGAGGUACAGGGACCGAAGCAGAGAUAGGGAUAAAAAUAAAGACAAUUCUAAAGCAAGAGAUUUCUACAGAAAAGACAGCAGAAACUGGGUCAGAGAGCGAGAUGAGAGCAGAGAGAGUCACAGAGGUCAUGACAGGGAGCGAGACAGGAACAGAAGCUACAAGGACAGGGAUGAACACUCAAUGAAAAAUAGAAAUAGAUAGUUCGAAUAUUUUAGCAUGCAUCUUUACAUCAUUGUAUAUGUCCAAUCAUUUGUAAUUAUGUUGUCUACGAAAAUAUAUAAACAUAGAUAAUUUGUAAGUAAA